AUGAUGCUUUUUGAUCUUCAUGCAUCCGCUUUACACGAAGGCGGAUUUUUCAAGGCAAUCCUAGAUUUUCCCAAGGACUAUCCACAGAAACCACCAAAGAUGAGAUUUGUAUCCGAGAUCUGGCAUCCAAAUAUUGAUAAGGAUGGUCAUGUUUGCAUCUCUAUUUUGCAUGAUCCUGGAGACGAUAAAUGGGGUUAUGAACGACCAGAGGAGCGCUGGUUGCCAGUGCAUACAGUCGAGACUAUUUUGCUUUCCGUUAUCUCCAUGCUUGCUGAUCCCAACUUUGAGUCUCCUGCGAAUGUUGAUGCUGCGAAAAUGCAACGGGAAAAUUAUCCGGAGUUCAAAAAACGAGUUGCUGCCUGUAAAAUGCAACGGGAAAAUUAUCCGGAGUUCAAAAAACGAGUUGCUGCCUGUGUUCGCAAAAGCCAGGAGGAGUAA